AUGAGGCGAUGUUUCUAUUUAAUGUGGCGUCAAGAAAAGCGGCUGCCGCGGCGAUUUCGGGAAGUUCCAAAGGAUUUUACGGAAAUCCGCUCCUCUGAUUGCAGGCCUUUGGUCUUCACAGCGAGGCGGCCAGAGCCGCUGCGCGGUGUUACCUCUCUCUCUGACAUUGUCAUUGAUGAAGAGGCCCUGCAAACCAGUUCGUUACAGGAGCUUUCACAGAAGCCAGUCGCAAAGCUGGAUCCGGAACGAAUGGGACUUCCACCGCAUCUAGUGCAGUAUUUACAUCGACGCUUCUCGCAUGAGAAGUCUCCGAGUGGUGCCUCUAUGAAAAGAGAUGACGAUGCGGGUGGGUUUCAGGGAUUGACAAUGGUUCAGGCACGCGCACUUCAACACUUUUAUGCUCAACAGGAUGUGGCGCUCUGUGCCCCAACGGGAACUGGAAAGACAUUUGCUCUUUGUUUGGCUCUUAUUGCUCGUCUGAUGCGGGAUGGGCCGAUGAAACUUUUCUCUGCUCUUUUCCUUGCGCAGAAUGAUCACCUGUGCCGUCAGAUUGCGCAGUGGAUGCGCGAGAUGUGGUGGUAUGAGUCCGAUGAACGUUUAGUGUUUUCUGCUACCAGCGAUUUGCCCUCCAAUGUGGUGUACCAGCGUCUCACGCGGGAAUUCAUCCGCGACGCGGCAGGAAAAAUUGUGGGGUCGGCGGACCGGCGGCCGUACGUGUGCGUUGCGACACCGGAGGUUUUCUGGGAGUUUUUUCAGCGACGAAAGCAGUCCAUUCUUUCCCGUGAGGCGACGUUGGGACGCAAGAAACACUCCUUCGCCCUCACUCCGGUGUUGCCGAGCAUUGAUCUUGUGGUGGUGGACGAGGUGGACGAGGUGCUUCCGUCAACCCGCCCUGACGCGGCGGGGAAUCUGCUGAUGAAGGAGCUCUACCGCUUUGUCAAGUACCAGGCGCCGGUGCAGCUGGUGUUUACGAGCGCGACUCUUGCAGGGUCUACCGUCAACCACGUGCGGCGAUUUUUAAAGAAGAGCGUUCUUGAGUCCAAAACGUCUCGCAUUUUUGAGAGCGAGAUUGAAAGCUUUUCUCAGAAGGCAAAGGCGACAGGGAAUCUCUCAAAGGCGAUUGUCCCUGAUGGGAUUCAACAUCUUUUCUACACCGCAGAUACCCUUGAGGAGCAGCGGGAGUGCUUGGCGGCCGCCAUAAAGGAAUCCGGGCACGGCAUGGAGGGCAACGCGGAACCGACAGGGAAGAUGAAGAUCCUGGUGAUUUUACCGGACUCCGGAAAUGUUGACCUCUUCGUCCAACGGGUUUUGAGACCUGCCCAGCCCGAUGAGCGAUUCAAGGUUGAGCAGAUUGGCACCCAGCAAGGGUCUUGUAAACAGCGGGAGGGGAGAGAAGGAGGAACACAUGCGAAUUCACUUACAACUCACAACUCCCACUUAUCUCCUGCAGAGUCAAUAUAUAUUCGACAGUUUAUUCUUUGUGCUUCCUCUUGUGUGCGCGGUAUUGAUAUCGGCGACCUCACUCAUGUCAUGAUUUUGGCAACCCCGCAAUCUGCCCUGGAUUACGCGCAUUGGUGCGGGCGUGUGGGAAGGUUUGGAGGCCGUGGCGUGUCCAUUGUUAUUAUGAGUCGUUUUGCAGUGCGUAAAAUAAGUCUGUUUUGCGAUACACUGGAAAUUCCCUUCAAGGUCAAGCGACGGCACAAUGCCAUUGAUGUGGACGAGGAAAGGCGGGCCUUUGGUUUUUAG